UGAAAUCUAUCGGGUUCCCCUGAAAUUACUCUAGAAAGCAGAAGUCACUCGUUUCAUUUGUAGUGAAACAAUAGUGAGAUUCAGAAGUGCCAUCUGUCUAUGAAGAUAUGAGUUUUGAAUUCUACAAAAUGGACGAUAGUGAAAACUAUCAUUCUCCAAAAGACACAGAGGAUGAUAUUUAUGUGAAUACAGAAGACUGUCGCUCAGAGCUGAAAAACUCAGAUAUCUCUGACCGCACUGAGCUGAAAGACAAGAAGAAACCAGGAAAGAUCUUCAGAUCUGCUUUUGGUCUCCUAAUACUUGGUGUUUUAUUAACACUCUGUGUUGUAGGGAUCCUUUAUCACAAUAAAGUGGUUUCAUAUGAGAUAUUAAGUGAGCAGUAUUCUAAUGUUACUGAAACAUUGAUGACGCAGGAACAUGAAGCCAAGGAGACAGAAAAACUGUAUGAAGCACUGAAGGUGAAGCAUCUGGAAGUUCAGGAAAAUCUCACUGCAUGCAGUGAGACAGAAAAACUGUAUGAAGCACUGAAGGUGAAGCAUCUGGAAGUUCAGGAAAAUCUCACUGCAUGCAGUGAGAUAGAAAAACUGUAUGAAGCACUGAAGGUGAAGCAUCUGCAAGUUCAGGAAGAUCUCGCUGCAUGCAGUGCAAAUAAAAACAUUGGACAAUGUGAGGAAGGAUGGAAGUCUCUUGGUUUAAAGUGUUAUUACUUCUCCAGUUUUAAACUGAACUGGGAACAGAGUAGAGAUUACUGUGUGGAGAAAGGAGGUCACCUGGUUAUUAUAACCAGCCAAACUGAACAGAAUUUUGUGGUUUCACAAAUUGGAGAAACACACUGGAUUGGUUUACAUGACUUGGAGACUGAAGGACAGUGGAUGUGGGUGAACAACAAGCCUUUAAAGGAGACCGGUGUAACAUUCUGGUAUAGCGCUCCCGGGAGACCUGAUGAGCCUGAUAACUGGAAAGAGGAGGACCCUUCUGGAGAGAACUGUGCUGCUCUGGGUCAUGUUAAUGGUGACACAGAUAAAUGGUUUGAUGCUCACUGUGGUGCAAUCAAAAAGUGCAUCUGUGAAAAGUAAAAGACUUUUCUUUUUACUUACAUUUAUGCCUGCAAAUACUCGUUGUUUUUUUUUCAA